AUGGACAACAGCGGCAAAGAGAAGGAGGCCAUGCAGCUCAUGGCCGAAGCCGACAAGAAGGUCAAAGCGUCCGGCUCGUUUCUCGGCGGAAUGUUCGGAUCUGGAAACCACAAGGUGGAGGAUGCUUGCGAGAUGUACGCCCGAGCAGCCAACAUGUUCAAAAUGGCCAAGAACUGGAGCGCUGCCGGCAACGCAUUCUGCCAGGCCGCUCGUCUCCACAUGCAACUUCAAAACAAACUGGACUCAGCUACCAGCUUUGUGGAUGCAGGCAACGCUUACAAGAAGGCCGACCCGCAGGAGGCCAUCAACUGUCUAAAUCAAGCCAUCGACAUCUACACUGACAUGGGUCGCUUUACCAUCGCAGCCAAACAUCAUAUCACCAUCGCAGAGAUCUAUGAGUCAGAGCUGGUCGACAUUGAGAAGGCCAUUGCCCACUACGAGCAGGCGGCAGACUACUACAAAGGGGAAGAGUCAAACAGUUCGGCCAACAAGUGUUUGCUGAAGGUGGGACACUACAGCGCUCAGCUGGAGCAGUACCAAAAAGCCAUCGAGAUUUAUGAACAGGUGGCCAUGAGCACAAUGGACAAUCCUCUGUUGAAGUACAACGCAAAAGAGUAUUUCUUCAAAGCUUCGCUGUGCCACUUCAUUGUGGACGAGCUUAACGCAAAGCUGGCCAUCGAGAAGUACGAGGAGAUGUUUCCCGCUUUCUCAGAUUCAAGAGAGCUCAAACUUUUGAAGAAACUUCUAGAGGCCCACGAGGAGCAGAACAGCGAGGCGUUCACCGAAGCCGUCAAGGAGUUUGACUCGGUUUCACGUCUGGACCAGUGGCUCACCACCAUGCUGCUUCGCAUUAAGAAGACUAUCCAGGGGGAUGCCGGAGACCUGAAAUAA